AUGACGUGCCCACACAGCCAAACUCUUGCUAGUAAACAAGCACACUGUGUCGGUUGCUGGGAUACUUCAGCGCUCCGGCCGAGUCUUCGGUCGAUAAGCCGGUCCCGCUUUGUUCCCUCCUCGCAACUGGCACAAUCAGUUGGCCGGCGAGGAUACGCAACCCUCCAAGAGCGAAUCGGGCAGUCCGGGGACACGCCGUGGCAAAUUGCAGCCGUAGCAGUCACGGUUCCGGGUCUUCUUUACCUUCGGAGCAGCGGUGGUACUGCGCAGCCCAGGCACGGAGAAGCAUAUGUGAAACGUGUGGAGCCCCGCCAUGAGAAAGUAUCCCAAGCCGCGGCCAAUGUCACAUCGGCUGCAAAGGCCAAAAUGGAAGAGGCCCAAGAAGGUGUCCAGAAGACGCUUAACUCCGCUGUGGAAAGCGUGAGCGGCAGCAGCGAGUCUUCAGCAACCCCAGCUUCGGCAACCCCGGCUUCAUCGAGCACAGCUUCAUCAAGCCCGGCCUCCGUGCAGAGCACGCAGACUCAGAUGAACGACUCUGCAGAGACUCAACCCCAAAAGUUGACUGAGAAGUUAGCUUCUCAACAAGUUGACCCAACUCAGAAGUAA